AUGGCGGCGGCCAGGGGCUGGAGCCUGGUGUCCCGCGGCCGCGGACUGUCACUGCACACCGCGGCGAGGGCCACCGCCGCGGCGGCGGAGCCAAGCGGCUCGGCUGUCGCGGCCACCUCCGUGGCACGGUACCCGCCGAUCGUGGCCUCCCUGACGGCGAAGAGCAAGGCCGCGCGGCAGCGGCGGGUGGAGCGCUGGCAGGCGGCGGUGCACGCGGCCCCGUCCGCCGAGGAGAAGCUGCGCAUCCUCACCAAGAUGCAGUUCAUGAAGUACGUGGUGUACCCGCAGACCUUCGCCCUGAACGCCGACCGCUGGUACCAGGGCUUCACCAAGACCGUGUUCCUGUCGGGCCUGCCUCCUCCUCCUCCUCCUCCCUCCGCGGGAUCCGAACCCGCGCCGACGCCGGACCUCGCGGCCCUGCGCGCCGCGGCCUGCGACUGCCUGCUGCAGGAGCACUUCUACCUGCGGCGCCCGCGCCGCCCGCCGCUCUUCCAGGAGCGCCAGGCCAUCGCCUCGCCCUUCCUGGACCAGCUGGUGGCCACCCUCGCCACCCUGCUCAGCCCACUCAACCCGGCUCUGGCCACCGCCGCCCUCGAUUAUAAACACCCAGUUCACUUUUACUGGGUGCGUGGUGAAGAAAUUAUCCCUGCUGGUCAUCGAAAAGGUCGGAUUGAUGCUUUACGAUACCAAAUAAAUGAUACACCACACAACCAGAUUCGGAUAUCCAAGCAACUCCCAGAGUUUGUACCAUUGGAUUAUUCUAUUCCUGUAGAAAUCCCUGUAAUGAAUUGUAAACCAGACAAGCUUCCAUUGUUUAAACGGCAGUAUGAAAACGGCAUAUUUAUUGGCUCAAAAAUAGCUGAUCCAUAUUGUUAUGGUCAUACCCAAUUUCAUCUAUUACCUGACAAAUUAAAGCGGGAAAGGCUUUUGAAACUAAACCGUGCUGACCAAAUAGAAACUGUAUGUAGAGCUAAUGCUAUAGCGAGUCUUUUUGCUUGGACUGGAGCUCAAGCUAUGUAUCAAGGAUUCUGGAGCGAAGCAGACCUUACUCGACCCUUUGUGUCCCAGGGUGUGAUUACAGAUGGAAAGUAUUUUUCCUUUUUCUGCUACCAGUUAAAUACCUUGGCACUGACUGUACAGGCUGAUCAAGAUAACCCUCGUAAGAAUAUCUGUUGGGGAACACAAAGUGAGCCUCUCUAUGAGACAAUUGAAGAUAAUGACGUGAAAGGUUUUAAUGAUGACGUUUUACUUCAGAUUGUUCAGUUUUUACUGAAUAAACCUAAAGAAGGUAGAUCACAGCUUUUGGUGAAUGAAGAGAAAACACUUGAUGCAGGACUCUGAGAAUAUUUAAAUUUCAUUGAAGAAAUAAAAAAAAUUCUGCCACUUAUUAAACA